AUGGCCCCGACGGCCGCAGACCCGACGCUGAGCUUCCUGGAUGUCAAACGGAUCCUGCUGCAGAAGAUCGCCAGCCAGCGGGAGGAGCUGACCCGGGCCUUCCGGCUGCUGGACCCGGCGCUCAGCGGGACCUUGACUAGGAGCGAGCUGCGGCGGGUCAUCAGCACGUUCCUGCUGCCGCUGACCAGGGAGCAGUUCCAGGACGUGCUGGCCCAGAUGCCUCUCACUAGCUCCAGGACCGUUCGGUACCUUGACUUCCUGUCCAGGUUUGGCGGACUCGACCUCCAGGUGAAUGUCCUCAAGAGGGGUGAAGGCGAUAGGAACUGCAGUCGGACUUUGAAAGAACUGGAAAGCCAAGCAGGGGAGAAGAUUCUCAAAAACAUCAAAACCAUCUCCAAGGCCUUCAAGCUCCUGGAUGUGAACAAGACGGGGCUGGUGCGCCCGGAGGAGAUGAGGCGGGUGGUGCAGACCUUCUGUUUGCCGAUGGGAGAGGACGAGUACAGGAAGUUUGCCCGGUACUACCGCCUGGACGAGGAACCCGCGGUGGAUUACAGUGCGUUUCUGAAGAACCUGAGCGUCAAUAACGGCCUGAACCUCAGAUACAAUUUUGGAGACUCAGAGGUCAGGCUAUCUGAGAGCCAAGUCAGAUGCCCCUCGAAGACGCACGUUCCUCCUCCGCCCGCAUCCGAGGAUGUCUGGAAGACCUUCUCCUUAGAUCGAAUCGAGAAGAUCUUUUGCCAAGAGUUUGCGAAGUCCCGCGAAAAGGUUGAGAAAGCCCUGAGCGCGGGGGACCCCGCCAGAGUUGGCCGCGUGUCUCUCAACUACCUCAAGAUUGUCCUCGACGCCUUUGUGUACCGGAUGCCCAGAAGAGUUUUCAUCAAGUUAAUGAGAAGAUUAGGACUGAAGACCACCACCAAAAUCGACUGGAGGCAUUUUAUGUCGUUGUUCAGCGACCCCCACAGCCUGAAAUGCCACAGCGCGGCCCCCCUGGUGCCCAGCAGUAGUGACUCCGGCUCCAGUGCUCCUGUCCCGCGGCUGCUGAGACAGGCGGGGUUCUGCCCGAGGCUGAAGAAGGCCCUGAUCAACCUGCACACUAUACCCAGCGGGUGGAUAACGGAGGAAGAACUGCGGCGCGUUCUGGAGGGCGCCAUGGGCACGGUGAGGGAACCCGAGUUCCAGGAGCUGAUGCAAGCGCUGGACCCUGGCGGCACCGGGUCCCUGCACGUGGCCAAGAUCCUGGAGCUGCUGGAGGAGAGUGCCCGGGUGAGGAAAGCGCCAUCACUUGGCUUAGAUGCCAGGGCCGUGUCCGUGCUGGACUGGGGAGCCGUGGAGGGACAGCUCCGCAGCGGGGUCACUGAGAAUUUCCAGGAGUGCUACGACAGGCUGCGGUCCCACGACCCGAGGGACUCAGGGCUCAUCAGCCGAGCUGAUUUCAAGGCCGUCCUGAGCGUCUUCUGCCCGUCCCUGACGGCCGGCCACUUCCUGAGGCUCAGCAGCAAGUUCCUGGACAGGGCCUCGGGAAGGGUCCUCUACAAGAAGUUCCUGGCGUGCACGGGCCAGGCCCUGUCUCCGGUGCCCGCCGACCAACCCGGGAGAGCCCCGCCUCCCCGGGAGAGCCCCCCAGCCGUGGGCAAAGACGAGGUUAAGAAGCUGGAAAGCUGCAUCCGGCGGCAGGGCCCGGCCCUUCGAAAGCGGUUUCUGGACCUCGGUGGAGACCCCGGCAGCAGGGCGGGCACGCCCAGCCCCAGGAAGGCUGUAGAGGACAGCGGUGCGUCCCCGGACCAUGCUGCGCGGCCCUCGCAGCCGCUCCCCGGCCCCGACAGGAUGAAUUUCCUGCAGUUUGCACCCGGAUCCGACGAUGACCGGCCGUGUGGGCUGUACCGGCCCCAGCAGGCGAGCCUCCACUCGGCGGGCGACCCCAGCAAGUUCUACAUCAGCGCCGAGGAGUGUCUGGAGGUCUUCCCGCAGCGGGUCCAGGAGCACUACGGGGACCCCUACGCCGCCUUCUUCAGGAUGGACACGGACAGGGACGGCGUGGUGGGCAUGCACGACCUGCACAAGCUGCUGAUGUGCCUGCUGCUGCACCUCACGCAGGCCGAGUUCCUGCGCUUCCUCGGGCUGCUGGGCCUCAGCCCCACCGUCACGCUCAACUUCCGCGAGUUCCGCAACCUGUGUGAGCAGCGGCCCCUCAGCGAGGACGCCCCGCCCCAGCGCAUGCUGCGACAAAAGCAGAAGGUCGUGGACACAGAACUAGCCUGUGGGCAGGCUCAUGAGUAUCUCGUGACCAAAGCGAGGACCCGAUGGUCAGACUUGUCCAAGAACUUCCUGGAGACGGACUCGGACGGGAACGGCAUCCUGCGGCGCCGGGACAUCAGGAACGCGCUCUAUGGCUUUGCCGUCCCGCUCACGCCGAGGGAAUUCGAGAAGCUGUGGAUGAGCUACGACACGCAGGGAAGAGGGCACAUCACGUACCAGGAGUUCCUGCAGAAGCUGGGCAUCCCCUACAACGCGGACGUGCACCGGCCCUACGCCACCGACUACUUCAACUUCAUGGGCCACUUCACCAAGCCCCAGCAGAUCCAGGAGGAGACCAAGGAGCUGCAGCGGCGCUCGGCCGAGAAGGCGGGGCCUCUCGGGGACCAGCUCAAGGAGCACCGUCAGGAUAUCUGCAAGGCCUUCAGCAAGCUGGACCGGUCCAAGACGGGCGGCUGCGUGUCCCUGAGCAAGCUGCAGAAGCUGCUGCAGGAAGGCGGCUGCACGCCGAGGGAGGAGGAGCUCACCCAGCUCCUAACCAGUUGGGGCGUCAGCUGGAGCCGGAACGCCGUUAACUACCUUGACUUCUUGAAGGCACUGGAGAACAGCCGGCCGGCCACACCGGAGCCCAGGGACGGCCAGGAGCCCGGAGCGCAGAGGGCAGCCGGGGACGGCCAGCAGCUGGACUUUGCGGGGCUGGACCCAGAGGACAUUGUGAAGAAUGUCCAGCAGGUGGUGGCCGCCGCUGAACUGGCCAUGGCAACGGCGUUUUUUGCGUUGGACAGCGAGGACACUGGCUUUGUGACAGACGCUGACUUCGGGCAGGUUCUGAAGGAUUUCUGUCCCAACCUCUCUGAUAACCAGUACCACUAUUUCCUGAGGAAACUAAGGCUUCAUCUCGCCCCUUCCAUAAACUGGAAGUAUUUUCUCCAGAACUUCAGCAAUUUCCUUGAAGAGAGCGCGGCCGAGUGGGCCGAGAAGAUGCCUCGAGACCCGCGGCCCGCCUCGCCCAGGGACCAGGCCCACACGGAGCUGCUGGGCCGGCUGCACCGGGCCGUGGCCGCCCACUUGCACGCCAUCACCCAGGAGCUGGAGAACUUCGACACGGCCAGGAGCGGCACCGUGUCCAGGGACGAGUUCCGGGCCGUGUGCACCCGCCACGUGCAGGUGCUGACGGACGAGCAGUUCGACAGGCUCUGGGCCGAGCUGCCGGUCAGCAGCAAGGGCCGGCUCAAGUACCAAGACUUCCUGCGCCGCUUCAGCUCCGACAAGUUCCUGCAGCCCCCGGGCGACUCCACGCGGGCCCAGCGGGGCAGCAGCGUCCCCGACAGCCUCGGCAGUUUGGCCGUGACGUCGCCCGCCGAGCGGGACCCGCGGGCCGGGCUCAAGACGCAGAGUGAACCCAGCGUGACCUCACAGCUCACGCUCACGCCAGGCAGUCCCCACCUGCAGAACUGCGAGCCCCUGGAGAACAGGCUGCGCCAGAAGAUGAGGAGCUGCUGGCGGGAGUUCCUGAAGGACUGCAAGGACAGGGACGCCGACCGGCUGGGCCACGUCAGCACGGCCGACUUCCUGGCUCUCGUGGAGAAAUACGGCCUGGACGUCAGCAAGGAGGAGAGCCAGCAGCUGGCCGCCAAGUACGACUUCAAGGACAACGGCCGCUUCGCCUACUGUGACUUCAUCCAGAGCUGCGUCCUCCUGCUGCGGGCCCGGGAGACGUCCCUCAUGCAGCGCAUGAAGAUCCAGAACGCGCACAAGAUGAAAGAAGCUGGCACCGAGACUUCGUCGUUCUACUCCGCCCUGCUGCGGAUCCAGCCCAAGAUCAUGCACUGCUGGCGGCCCAUGCGCAGGACCUUCAAGAGCUACGACCAGGACGCCAGCGGCUUCCUGAGCGUGGGGGACUUCCGCAAGGUUUUGCGGCAGUACAGCAUCAACCUGACGGAGGAGGAGCUCUUCCACGUGCUCGAGUACUACGACCGGGGCCUGUCCGCCCUGGUCCCCUACAACGACUUCCUGCGCGCCUUCCUCCAGUAG